CCCACAUCUCUCAAUCCAACUAAAUCUCGGCCGAUGAGUGCUGCAAGGAAACGACUGGCCUGUGUUGAGUGCACGCGGCGCAAGAUCCGCUGCGACAAGGUGGUUCCAUGUCGGAACUGCACUAGACGGAACAACCUGCACGCGCGUCAAAGAGACCAAGCAUGAGUCUCUCGUCGAGCGACUACAAGCGCGCGUCCAGCAGCUCGAGGCGACGGUCCAGGAUCUUAGCGAGCGGCGGUUAUCCAUCCCCCCAGACGAUGAGAUCGAGGUAGAUGCCGACCCCGACUCGGAGAUGGGCGAUGCCGCAACGAUCCUGGAGUUUCUUGCGUGGGGUCGACGCAAGAACCCGGAUUAUUGUGGUGAUUUAUCACCUGGCGAUGUCCCGGCCGAGGUCGAGGACGAGGACGGCCGUGGACAUGGUCUGGGUCUGGGUUUGGGGCCUGAUAGAGCCUCGGCCGAGGCGUAUCUUCGUCUUCUGUUACCGCGUCGACUGCUCCUCGAGCGACUGGUCUCCUUCCACUGCGAGCGCGUGCUAUGGUACCACAAUUCAUUCGACGCAGAGAAAUUCCAUGAUGAACUCCAGACCUUUUAUCGCGUUGCACAGGGCCAACCGGGCCAUCCAAGUGUUGACCCGCAAUGGCUCGCCCUCCUCUUCUCCAUCAUCACCGGCGCCCUCGCCUGCGCGCCUCGCAACCUCGCCCAAACAUGGGGGUUCCCAUCAUGGGAACAAACCACCCUCGCCCAGCGCUGGUUCAAAGCCGUGACGACAUGCCUGCAUAUCGCCGACUACACAGCCGUGCACUCACCCUACGCCCUGCAGGCCAUCGGCACCCUGACCAUGUCCGCACACCUGCUGGGCUUCUCAAACAGUCUCUCCGUGCUCAUUGCAUCGGCAGCCCGAAUCGGGCAGUGUCUGGGCCUGCAGCGCACGCGCGCACCAGCGGGCGCGUGGCGCCAACUCUGCAUCCAGGAUUGGUUCUCGAUUCCCUUUUUCGAGAGCUAUGUCAUUUCGCGACCGAGUCGGGGCGAUAUUGGUGCGGAUGAGACGAGGAAUGAUGAACCCACAAGGGGCGCGUACUCGCACUUCUUCUACAAGGUCGCGGCGCUGCUCUCCUCACUGCACGACGGGAUGCAAAACGCGCAUACGCUCUACACGCGCUACGAGCAGGUCCUCGAGCAUGACCGGCAAUUGAGGACGCUCGCUACGCAGGGCCUCCCGCGGUUUCUGCAGAAUACGCCAAUGCAACCGGAUUGGCCGUGCUACGUCCCCUGGGCGCGCCGGUGUCUUGCGAUAAGUCUGUCUCACAAGGUGAUUAUGAUCCACCGCAAGUUUCUAGCGCUGAGCUUUACGAAUCCGGUCUUUGGGCGGACGAGGCGGACGUGCGUUGCUGCUGCGCGGACGAUUAUCAAGGAGCAAAAGGGGGUUCGGGACGAUGCGGGCGGCGGGCCCGUGUUGUGGAUUCAGCAGGCUUUUGGGGUUACGGCUAGUAUCAUCCUCUGCCUCGAUCUCUUCCACCGCCCUCGGACAGCCAGUGACACCGAAGCAGCGCACCACCGCCAACUAAUCCACGACGGGCUAGAGAUGCUCGCCGACGGACCCUCAAAUAUGAUAGCGAAGCGAGGAGUCGGGUUGCUCGAGGCCCUGCUCGCCCGUGAACCGCGGCAAGCAACGGAUCUCGAUCUUGCGGGGAUCAUCCGCGGGGUAUGUGAGCAGACGGCAUCGACUGCUUCGCCGGGGACGACUGUGAUAGGGAGGGAUAGUGAUAGUGCGGAGUGGCCACCGGGGGCCGAGUGGUCGACUAUUAGGAGGGAUGAGGUGGAGAUGGAGGGAGAUGGGUUUGCGGGGGGAUUGGGCUUGGGAAUCGAGAUGGGGGUUGGGAUGGAGGGUCACGGUGGGCGUGAAGAGAGGGAGACGUUGGAGGAUAUCCUGUCGCUUGCGGCGAGUUAUAUUUAGCUCUUUUGGGGAUAUUUCCGGUGUUGGUAGAAGAGAUGGAGUGCUCUUCACUGUGUCAGGUACCAUCCGGCCACUGUCUUCCGUUGAGCGUGGCCAAUAGUGGUGCGUGUCCAGUACAUUUGCAAGACACUAUGUAAAUAGUGGAUUAUCGCAUGGAACUUGCAAGAAGGAACAUCUAUAAAUCUAGGGUUUGUUGAAGAAGGCGUAAAGGGCCGCCAACAAGCUCCAUAAGAAAGACUCGCUCGCGAAUCUCUUCGACCACAACCAACAUCAUUCUUCUUAACGGCUACACUAUUACAAGUUC